UGCGCUGUGGAUCGGGCCGGGCACAGCGCGCUCCGGCCCAGUCUAUGAGACGCACCAUGGCGACGUGAGGGGGCCAGUGUCGAGAGGGGGGUGGGAGGGGGUACCCGAUCGGUACCCGAUUGGAUACGAAGGAUACCAGCACCAUGAGGAUACUUCCCAGCGCGCAGGCAUGGCUCGUGGCCGUGACCUGCCUCGUCCUGGCACCGCUGCUGGGGCUGUGCUCCGAGGACGAGGAACGGCUGGUCCGAGAUCUCUUCCGAGGCUACAACAAACUCAUCCGACCAGUGCAGAACAUGACGCAGAAAGUAGACGUGAGAUUCGGGCUGGCCUUCGUGCAGCUUAUCAACGUGAAUGAAAAGAACCAAAUUAUGAAAUCGAAUGUAUGGUUGAGAUUGGUAUGGAGCGAUUACCAGCUACAGUGGGACGAGGCAGACUACGGAGGCAUAGGAGUAUUAAGACUGCCACCCGACAAAGUGUGGAAACCGGACAUAGUGCUUUUCAACAACGCCGACGGCAACUACGAGGUGCGCUACAAGUCCAACGUGCUCAUCUACCCCAACGGCGAGGUCCUGUGGGUGCCGCCCGCCAUCUACCAGAGCUCGUGCACCAUCGACGUGACGUACUUCCCCUUCGACCAGCAGACCUGCAUCAUGAAGUUCGGGUCGUGGACGUUCAACGGCGACCAGGUGUCGCUGGCGCUCUACAACAACAAGAACUUCGUGGACUUGUCGGACUACUGGAAGUCGGGCACGUGGGACAUCAUCGAGGUGCCGGCGUACCUGAACGUGUACACGGACGAGCAGAAGCGGCACCCCACCGAGACGGACAUCACCUUCUACAUCAUCAUCCGGAGGAAGACCCUGUUCUACACGGUCAACUUGAUCCUCCCCACCGUGCUCAUCUCCUUCCUCUGCGUCCUCGUCUUCUACCUGCCCGCCGAGGCCGGCGAGAAAGUCACGCUCGGAAUCAGUAUCCUGCUGUCACUGGUUGUGUUCCUGCUGCUCGUGAGUAAGAUCCUGCCGCCGACGUCGCUGGUGCUGCCGCUCAUCGCCAAGUACCUGCUCUUCACCUUCAUCAUGAACACCGUGUCCAUCCUGGUGACCGUCAUCAUCAUCAACUGGAACUUCCGAGGGCCGCGCACGCACCGCAUGCCGCCGUGGAUCCGCACCGUGUUCCUGUACUACCUGCCCAUCGUGCUGCUCAUGAAGCGGCCCAAGAAGACGCGCCUGCGCUGGAUGAUGGAGAUGCCGGGCAUGUCCGCGCCGCCGCACCCGCAGUACGGCUCGCCCGCCGAGCUGCCCAAGCACCUGCAGCCCAGCAUGGGCAUGGGCAUGGGCAUGGCGGGCAAGAGCAACACCAUGGAGCUCAGCGACCUGCACCACCCCAACUGCAAGAUCAACCGCAAGACCAGCGCCGACCUGGCCGUGGGCGGCUCGUCGCUGGGCGGCGGCGUGGCGGGGCUCGGCGCCGGCGGCCGCCGCGAGAGCGAGUCCUCCGACUCGCUGCUGCUCUCGCCGGAGGCCUCCAAGGCCACCGAGGCCGUCGAGUUCAUCGCCGAGCACCUGCGCAACGAGGACCAGUACAUCCAGAUCCGCGAGGACUGGAAGUACGUCGCCAUGGUGAUCGACAGGCUGCAGCUCUACAUCUUCUUCCUGGUGACGCUGGCGGGGACGGUGGGCAUCCUCAUGGACGCGCCGCACAUCUUUGAAUACGUGGACCAGGACCGUAUCAUUGAGAUAUACCGCGGCAAGUGAAGCGACUCUCGAAUCGACUCUCGAAUCGAAUCUCAAACUCUCGAAUCGACUCUCGACUCGAGGCACGACAGUGGUCCGAAUGCACUCGUCCGGUGCGUUGUUGUUAAUUAUUGUUGUGUGUGUUAUAUGUGUUUGUGUUCGUCCACUUUAACUACUCCUCGAUGGACCAAAACAAAUCUCCUUUCUCUCACUACAUAUUGUUUAAAUUCCCCAUGCGGCCGGCUCGAACAAGCGUUUGAAACAGUGUGCAGUCUGUCGUCUCGUCCAACGCGUCCAACGCGUCCAACGCCUGGCCAAGGACCCGCUCAAGCUUUAGAAAGGAUUCCGCUCUGUGCCCCUCACUCGCACAAAGACUUUUCAAUGAUCCCCCCGAGCCGCUCCGGCCAGUUUCAAGAAACGCACAAAAUGGUUGCCGUUUGUCGUGCCGUUCGGUGGGACAGGUUGUGUUUUUAGAGAGUUUGAGGAAUGUGAGGCGAUGACUUGGGAACGGCACGAGUCCCUGUUUUGCUGUGAUGCCGAAACGGAGAGGAAACUAGAAUGAGGAGAGCAGCCGAGGGACCGUCCAUUAAUUUCGUGAGGGGCUGUCCACGCAUCACGGAAGUCUCUCUCGCUCUCGUCGCUCAGUGGGCCAGAAGACCGGUGGAGGCGGUCAAAAUUCUAGACACGU